UUGCCGCGGGAGACGUGGACCUGAGUAGGGCCAGACGCCGCAGAGGAAGUGAGGUUGGUGGACGGAGUUGGAGUGAGGUUCGUGUCCAGACCGGCAGCACCAUGUCGAAGGUUUCCUUUAAGAUUACACUGACGUCGGACCCGCGGCUGCCGUACAAAGUACUCAGUGUUCCUGAAAGUACACCUUUUACAGCAGUCUUAAAGUUUGCAGCAGAAGAAUUUAAAGUUCCUGCAGCAACAAGUGCAAUUAUUACCAAUGAUGGAAUAGGAAUAAAUCCUGCACAGACUGCUGACAUGUUGCCUGUUGGAUUACCCUAUAAAAUUGAUUUGUGGGCAUCACGAGGUGUGAAGAAAAUCUCAGCAGGCAACGCAGACCCAAAGAAAUGUUUUUCUAAAGCACGGUUCAGAACUGCGAAUAAUUCCUAGAGAUCGUGUUGGAAGUUGUUAAUAUCUGCUGCUUGGAACAUAAAAUCCCCUUCCAGAAUAAAUAUUGUUAUUGUUAUUGUUGUAAAAUUGGAAUCAGGCAUUUGAAAUCCUAUGAAGACACCAAUAGUUGAUGAAGUAAUGAAAGGUGACUGUCCCUUCUUGUUAUUCACACUCUUCACGUGAAGAGGGGACACUUCUCUGUUGAGGGUGUCAUCACCACAGAAGAUCACGUUACUACCUCACAGCACACACAGGUAGUUCAUUGGGGGUAAAUGGAUUAUCCAACUGUGUCUUAUAACUGGAGGAUGCUUCUGAUCAUUCUUUCUGAGAACAUUUGGAAAAUUAAUAUUUACUGAAUCUUCCUAUUUGUCUUUGAGUUAAUAAUGUAAAAAGAUUAUCAAUCCAUACGUGGCAAUUUGCUUGAUAGCAUCUGACCUGGAGACACAAAAAUAGUUGAAUUCUUCAUUAAUAUCGUUUAUGAUAAAGGAUCACAUCAGUGAAUAACUAUCUUUUUAUCAUUUAGCUUGCUUUGAAGUUUUCAGACUUCUUGAGUUCUUAUAAACUUUAAUUUAAAAAUCAAAGAGCCAAAACUUGAAUUUUCGAUCUAGCCCCUUACGUGUGACAUUGGUAUCCCACGCCAAAGGGUUUAAUUGAGACUGAAGUAGAAGCAUCAGUUGCUGAAUUAUGCGUUACUUUAUUGAUCUCUUUUUUAAAAAAACCUUCAAAACAGGAAUCCUCAAGAAACCAUCUUUUUGAGGAUAAUAUAUCUAAAUAGUGUUCAGGGAGAAAGCAUUGUCGUAAACAGGAUCUGACGUUCACAACAGAGCUCAAGGAAAUGCUAAUUGAAAUGCUCACUAAUUCUACUUACAGAAGACCCAACAUUUAAGGAAGUGUUAAGCUUAGUUACUGGAGUGAAUAAGAAGCUAGGAAAGGAAGAUGGGGAAGCCCAGAUGACCAGGCUUCUAGUCAGAAGGAAAGAAACAAAAAUGAAGGGGAGCAGAAAGCUGUAACGAGUGUCACGGAAAAGGCCAAACUGUAUGGACAAAACCGCAGAGGCUGUGUUGGGAAGAACUGAAAGGAAAAUAAAAUACUUGACAUUGUUAUAAGGAGCAGAAGGCAAUCACAGAAAGCAAAGCAUAGGCCUUGUCAACAUACAGAUUUCAAAAUUCCCCAUAGAGAAUCUAAGGAAUGAUAUGCAUAAGGGAAGAUUUAGUUUGCCUUUAGAGAGGACAUCAAUAUCUAUGCACAUCUUGAAAGGUGAAACGAAGGCUCGUAGUGAUUGAGAACCAGUGCUUGACUUGCUGUAUUCUAGAUGGUGAGCUCUGGAGGCAGGCCUGGUGUCUGUCUUGCUCUUUCUAGGCCUGGAAAUGUAGGCCUUCAAUGAAUAUGUGUAGAAUUAUUCAUGAAUAAAGUAUUUCUAAGACCAAUUUUUAUCCAAGUAUGCAUAGGCUCUAGGUUCAUUGGGAAAAAAACAAUGCAACAGAAUCAGUAUCCAAAGAGUAAUAUUGGUUAAGUUUAAGGAAGUAACUAGAUAUUGUUCAUAUAUUUGACAAAUGAACAGCACGAUUCUGAAUUGUAAAGGGAAAAAAAAUUGUGCUGAGGUAGUAUGUUGCUAAUGUUUGGGGAAUUUUUUAUAAACAAAGUCUGAUGCUUAAAGACUCCUGGUCUUUAACAACAUUAAGCCUCAGUUAACCAGAAAUUUAUGAAUACCCAGUUUUCUGCAUUUUUUGUUUUAUUUAGAUUUCCCCCAUUCUGUUUCUAGCACAAAAUUCUGCCUAAUUUGUUACAUUAAUAAGUUUUAUGAUGUCUUCUACCAUAACUUGUUUAAUAUUUUUGUUCUUUGGUUGGAAAAUUGUAUUGCAGUAAGGUCUUAAAAAUAUUUUCUUAAAGAACUAGGCGUUUUGUUAUUAAAUAAAUGUGAUCUGUAACUUCUUUGUGCAGAAUGUUUUGAAGUGUUGUAUUUAGUUUAAAUGCUUUAU